AUGGGGCCUAGUGAUAAGCUGAAUGCAAAACUUUGGAAACUUUACAAAAAGUUUCAGAUAUCCUCCAAGACAGUGGGCUCGGAUCUAACGGAAACACAUUUUGUGACAAAGACCAAAACCGUUUGUAAAAAUUCAGGAUGUUCCAUAAUUGAUCCCGAAGACGGUAAUAAGACGUGUUCUAAAGGCUGGAAAAGGUUUGAUGAUAAGUGUUACAUACAGCUGUCAAAGAAAUUUACUUGGUCAUAUUCUAAGAGCGCAUGUCAAGCAAUCAACGCACAUUUAGCCCGAAUAACAUCCGAGAGAGAAAAUAAUUGGAUUUAUAAGACUUUUGGGGGUCCCGAUGCUUGGAUCGAUGCUACAGAUUCACUAAAAGAGGGAACGUGGAGAUGGUCCUCCACAGGAAAAAAGUUAAAAUACACAGCUUGGGGUAAUGGGGAACCUAAUGGCGACAAUGGAGAAAAUUGUGCACAAGUCCGCACCCACGGUGGAAAAUUUUAUUGGAAUGAUGCAGGUUGUGGAAACACGUAUCAGGCCAUAUGCCAAAAAACAACAUAAG